AUGGAUUUCCUCCAACGUGCCAUCCGGAAAGCCCAGGAGACCCUUAAAGGGCCGAAACCUCCCAAACCCUUCAUCCCGACCCUCGAUCAGCUCCGUCUCAGAAGCGUCCAGCAGGACGAAGAGAUCGAGGAACGUCUCAGGCCCAAACGCAAGCCCCUCCCCACCUCCCUUCCUCCAGCUGACGAAGCGGCGGUCGACGCGCUUUUCCGUCAGAGGGGCGUCAUCGCGAAAUGCGUGAAGGAGCAGGUGUCGAACGAGGACCUCCAGCGUCUGCGACCCGCGCAGUGGCUGAACGACGAGAUCAUCAACUUCUACGGCCAGAUGAUUCUUUCGCGCUCGGAGGACUCGAAGGAGAACCCGGGAGACAGCGUGGUGAACGGGAGGAAGAGGCCGCUGAACGUGCACUAUUUUAGCACGUUCUUCUGGUCGAAGCUUAGGGGGCAGGGAUAUGAGAAGGCGAGGCUAGCAAAGUGGACUAAGAAGAUCGACAUCUUCUCAAAAGACGUCAUCCUUAUCCCCGUCAACCAUAGCAACGCGCACUGGACGGCUGCCGCGGUCAACUUCCGGAAAAAACGGAUAGAGUCGUACGACAGCAUGGGCAUGGCGCGGGGCGAGGUGUUCAAAGUCCUGCGGCAAUACCUGGACGACGAGCACAGAAACAAGAAAAAGAAGCCAUUCGACUUCACCGGAUGGGAAGACUACACACUACCCAACACCCCGCAGCAAGAGAACGGCUACGACUGCGGCGUCUUCACCUGCCAGUUCCUCGAGUCGUUGUCCCGUGGGGAAGAAAGCUUCGCUUUCACCCAACACAACAUGCCCUACCUCCGUCGGAAGAUGGUCUGGGAAAUAGGCCAUGUCAAACUUCGGGACGACCCAUAG